ACAGACCGCAGUCAUAUAAAAACGCGAUUUGUGUGAUUAUCUUUUUGGUUAUUGAUUGACACGUAUCACAAUACUUACAAUACCACAAAACCUAACGAUUGGGAGUAAGAAUUAUUGACCUAUGGUUAUAAUGCUUCUAGUAUUUUUGAAUUUAUUUAUUUACGGGUACAUUUAAUAUUCGUGUGAAUAGUUGGAGUGUGUGGGUGCAUGAAUUGGAGAAAAUACAGUUGAGUGCUGAUUAAAACCUUGCCGCGCACUGGAAUAUUCUCGAAUGUUUGAAUGGUAAAUUCUUGUUGCAAAUGACUGCAUCUCAAUCGAAGUUGUUUGAAUGUUGCAUUCACUUAAAAGGUUUAAUUGAAGUUGUUUGGAAUUGCGAAAAGUAUAGAAAAACUGUGAAAACAUCAAUUGUCAGUUAGUGAAAACAUUUGUAUACGUAAAAUGACAGAGAACAGACGUUGUGAAUUCAGCUGGAAAUAUUUGUUCUGGUGUCAAUCAUUUCCGGCUCACUUCUUAGCUACUGCUUGAAGCAGAAUAUGCUUGCCAAUCCGUUGAAUGCAAAUUCCGGCAUAAUUGAAUAUUUUCUCGUGUUGAACAAACCCGUCGUGGCGUUGCAUACCAGUGAUGCAAUAUUUAAUUCAAAUUGGUACAAUGAUCCGAAAUUGGCUAAAACUUUUGUUCAAAAUAUCAUACGCAGAUCGCAGAAGAAAAUAAAAUUCACUGGUGGUGGAUUAACGGAAAUUAAUCGUGCUGCAUUUACUAGCGUAUUGUUUUAUUAAUUUUUAUUUAAUAUUUUAAUUAUAUAUGCUUACUUUUUAGAUUUUUAAA